AUGGACGGAUUGAAGCCAGCGCCAGUGAUCAGGUGUAUCUCCAUCGUAAACCACAUCGUCACUGUCGAUCAUAGCUGCCAGAUCUUGGUCACAACGAUCCGCGAUUUACUCCGGUCCAAUGGCUACGAUGUUUUCGGUAUCAUUCUCGAUUCUGCUUCGAAUGAGCACAUUCACAAGCCAUCACAGCUGGGCAUUUCACUAGCACAAGCCGUUCAACAAUGGGACCCAGAACGAAAGGAAGAAGUGCACGACAACACGCGCCUAAUGCAUCUCGCCAAUUGCCAGAUGUGCGCAGCACAUCAAGGAUCGGUGAAAUGGAAGAACAGCUCGUUGUCUGUCGUUGUGAGCGGCUCGGAAGAUGCUCCAAAAGACUUCUCGGCUCUGAUCUCGAUUGAUGGCAUGACUUGUAGUGCUUGUGUUAGCACUGUCACAAAUGCGCUACAGGCUAUUCCGGCUGUGCGGAGAGCUGAUGUAUCUCUUGUCAGUCGCAGUGCGACGGUCUCGUUCAGAUCAAAUGAGGCAGAGACGACGACGAAAGAACUUCUUGGCGCUUUGGAGGAUGCUGGGUAUGAUGUUCAGCUUGUUGAGUUGAAAGCUAUUGAGCAAAGGACGGUCAAGGCUGUUGCAUCAGACAGCGAGAGUGCCACGGUUCGAACGGUCAACCUGGAGGUCUACGGCAUGCACUGUCCACAAUGUCCGGAGCGUGUCCUCCAGACAAUGUCAGGACUGGGAGUCGAUAUCAAGAAGCCACCCACGCUCGAGGAACCUUUCAUUACGAUCUCAUACAUCCCGGACGUUCCACGUCUCUCAAUUCGCCGAAUCAUACGCGAACUCAAUGCUCUGGAUCGCUCUUUCGUGGUCUCAAUCCACAAACCAAUAACAAUCGAGGAACGUUCACGACAAAUGCUACGCCGAGAUCGUCGCGCUAUCACAAUGCGUGCCAUACUGGCUGGUAUUAUCGCAAUCCCAAGCCUCGUUAUUGGAGUCGUGUAUAUGAACUUCCAGAAUGGACUACCUUCAUCAUGGCAACUCCAUCCAGUCUACUUCUUCGCCGCAGAUUACUUUCACGAAAAGACGCUCAAAGAUCUCUGGGCACUUUGGAGACCUGGAAGUCCUGUACCUAUCGGAAGAAGAUUUUAUCGUUUUGGCAAUAUGAAUAUGCUGAUUAGUUUGGGGACGACGAUCGCGUAUUUUGCCUCCGUGGGACAAUUGAUCGUCAGCGCUGUGAGGGAUGUGCCGAGUUUAGAGGGCGCUUCCAGACAAUCGUAUUUCGACUCGGUUGUAUUUCUGACAUUUUUCCUCUUACUCGGUAGACUUGCUGAAGCGACUAUGAAAGCCAAAGCAGGCGAUGCAGUCUCUGCUCUGGGAAACUUGAGGCCUACGACGGCUAGUCUCGUGGUUCAAGAUGACAAAGACGAUGUACCUACGACGGAAACCGUGGAUGUAGACUUCAUCGACACAGGAGAUGUGAUUCGAAUACCAAAUGGCGCAAGCCCUCCCUGUGAUGGAGCGUUGUUGAACGAAUUGGCGGGAAUGGAUGAGUCGAGUCUCACGGGUGAGUCUCGUUUGGUUAAGAAACAGCAAGGGGAUAUCAUCUUCUCUGGAACAAUCAACAAGGGUUCACCAUUGGCCAUCAAAGUCACUAACCCCAUCGGCUCGUCCAUUCUCGAUUCUCUGAUCCAAGUCGUUCGCGAAGGACAAGGAAAACGAGCACCGGUGGAGCGAGUGGCAGAUCUUCUCACCGCAUAUUUUGUUCCUGUGAUCACCGCAAUCGCAAUCCUAACUUGGGUCAUCUGGCUGACAUUGGGACUCUCUGGAGCACUACCUGACGAUUAUCUCGACGUUGAUAUCGGCGGCUGGCCCUUCUGGUCCCUCCAAUUCGCAAUCGCCGUGUUCAUCAUCGCUUGUCCAUGUGGCCUUGGUUUAGCAGCGCCAACAGCACUCUUCGUUGGCGGUGGAUUGGCGGCAAAGCACGGGAUCCUUGUCAAAGGCGGAGGUGAAGCAUUUCAGGAGGCUAGUAAUCUGGAUGUUGUUGUCUUUGAUAAGACUGGAACAUUGACGCUUGGUAUCGAGCCGAAGAUUGUGGAGUGUGAGGUAUUUGAAGAUGCUUGUGGUCUGGAUCGGGCUACUGUACUUGGCAUGCUUGGAUGUAUGGAGGAGAACAGCUCUCAUCCUUUGGCGAGAGCUGCUGUUGAGUUCGUAAACUCAAAUCAAGCGGUCGCAGUGGAAGCCCUCGAGAUUGAAGAAGUAGGCGGUCGUGGACUCAAGGGCCUCAUGAGAGCCGCUCGUGACGAAGACGCUCCCAUGGAGAUUCUGGUGGGCAAUGAAGUGUUCCUCGAAGACCACUCCGUACCAAUAACAUCCACCAUCUCAACGACUCUUCACUCCUGGAAAUCCCAAGGAAACUCGAUCCUCCUCUUCGCAUGCCGUCCAGCAACAAAACAAUGGAAUCUAGCAGGCAUCUUCGCCGCAUCCGAUCCUCCACGCCCCGAAGCAGCACAAGUCAUCAAAUCCCUACAAACCAAAGGAAUCGACGUCUGGAUGCUAUCCGGCGACAACCCCAGUACCGCCGCAACCAUCGGCCAAAAAGUCGGCAUCUCUCCAAGCAACAUCAUCGCAGGCGUACUUCCCACCGAAAAGGCAGAUAAGAUCAAAUAUUUGCAACGUGCCCUGCGACCCAAAUACAGAAGAGGUCUUCAACGGAUCCUCGGAAAGAAACACAACCAAGUCACUAUCGCCAUGGUCGGCGACGGCAUCAACGACGCUCCCGCUCUUUCAGCAGCAGACGUUGGUAUCGCUGUUGCUUCAGGCUCAGACGUUGCUAUUCAGUCUGCCUCUUUCAUCCUCAUGCAAUCGGAUCUUCGAGCGGUGUUGACGCUCGUGAGUCUAAGCAGGGCUGUGUUUCGAAGAGUCAUAAUGAAUUUCUGCUGGGCGGCAGUGUAUAAUUUAAUCGCUUUGCCAGUUGCUGCGGGAGUGUUGUAUCCGGUGAGAACGAGUAGUGGUGACCAUGUGAGAUUGGAUCCUGCGUGGGCGGCUCUGGCGAUGGCGGGGAGUA